AUGGCUCUGGUGGAUUACUCCUCGUCCGACUCGGCUUCAGAAGCCGGCUCACCCCGGCCAAGCGUCGCAAAGAGUCGGAUCAUGAGGCCCACGGCCCCGCGCUCGACGGCGACGCUACAGGCACCGGCGCCGGCAGAGGUCAAACCAGCAAAACCAAUUCCGAUCUUCCCAAUGCUACGGGUAAAGCCAACGGCGACGCAGACUUGCCUCCUCUUCCGGACCAAUUCCAUGAUCUUUACGCUUCCACUGUUCGAACCAGCACCGCCGAUGACCCCAAUCUUCACCAAGGUCGGAAGAGGACUAUCCCCCAUAUUGCUGGCAAUUGGCCGUCUCACGUCUACAUUGAGUCAUUCCCUCCUUGCCGCCUUUCUGGACAAGAUCAAGCCGCUUCUCGGCUUGCAGAAGCUGUACCCGCUUCUCACCUCCGACCUCAACGCCCCUCUGCCCCUACACAUCUCCCUCUCGCGCCCACUAUCCCUAACCACGGCACAGAAGGACGCUUUCUUCUCGUCCCUGAAAUCCUCUCUCCCCUCCGCAACGGGGGACUUCACCGUCUCCCCACGAGGCAUUGGUUUCUUCAAGUCGCCCGACUCGGACCGGGCCUUCCUCGUCCUCCGCGUUGCGGACCCUGAUGCCUCGCGGAACAAUACUAGCACAAGUGGCAAGAACCCGCAGCUUCGGGCGCUACUGACAAAGUGCAACGCCAUCGCCCUGCGCUUCGGCCACCCGGCCCUGUACCAGGCCCACGCGACUGAACUUGUCGACGACGCGUUCCACAUGAGCAUUGGUUGGACGUUCGGGCUGCCGCCAGAGGACGCGUGUCUACAGACGUAUGCCCUGCUAAGGCAACCCGAGUUCCGCGGCAUUCGAGAGUGGAAGAUUGAGGUGUCGGGGUCAAGGUCAAGAUUGGGAAUGUAG